CCGAAGAAGACGGAGUCGCAGUUUAAUGACGUCAUUGUAAAAAAACAUGGAGCGAAAACACAUGUCGGCUUUUGCCUUUUAUCAAUAUUUGAAACUAUCAGAAGACUCGCCACCCCCCGCUAAGAAACGUUCAAUACAGGUGUCCUCAGAGAAAAAGAAAAAGGAGAAUGGGGUUGCACAUGCUAAUGUUAACGCCGCUGAUCCUGCGUUGAAGGUGAAAAAGAAGAAAGUACGGAAGCGAGCCAGAAGUCAUGGAGCAGAGGAAAAAACAACACGGAGUAACGUUGAUGCGAAGCCGCUGCAGGCGAAGCCGCUGCAGGCGAAGCCGCUGCAGGCGAAGCCGCUGCAGGCGAAGCCAUUGCCCGCGAAAGGGAGCGUAAAAGCAGGAGGGCAGGCCUUAAAUGUGUUACUGGAUGAGCUGGCAAAAAUAAACAACAGCAGGGACCGUGCCAGCAAGCUCUUCCAGUGGCUGAUCGACCCCAUUCCCGCCAAGGCUUUCUUCAGGGAAACAUGGGAAAAGAAACCCGUUGUUGUCCAGCGUAAAAAUACUGAUUACUACAAGGGAUUAUUCUCAACACAAGAGUUUGAUCGUAUUCUUAGACAGGAGGAUGUUCAGUAUGGAGUAAAUCUGGAUGUCACAAGCUACACUGACGGCAAGAGGGAAACACACAAUCCUCCUGGGAGAGCUUUGCCAUUCACUGUGUGGGACUUCUAUGAGAAUGGCUGUUCCCUCCGUAUGCUGAAUCCUCAGGCUUUCUCCUCCCCCGUCUGGAAUGUGCUGUCCAUCCUGCAGGAAUAUUUUGGCAGCAUGGCAGGAGCCAAUGUGUACCUGACGCCGCCCGGAACGCAAGGAUUCGCUCCACAUUAUGAUGACAUUGAGGCGUUUGUGAUUCAGCUGGAGGGAAAGAAGCACUGGAGGGUGUACAACCCAAGGUCAGACGAUGAGGUCUUGCCUGUGCUUUCAAGCCCUAACUUUGACCAGGCAGAGAUCGGGAAGCCCAUUCUGGAAGUGGUCCUGGAGGCGGGAGAUCUGCUCUACUUUCCUCGAGGAUUCAUCCACCAGGGCAACUGCCUGUCAGACGCACACUCCCUGCACGUCACUGUUUCUUCCUACCAGAAGAACAGCUGGGGAGAUUUACUGCAGAAGCUCGUCCCGGCUGCGCUUGAGGUAGCCAUGGAAGAGGAUGUGGAGUUCAGACAAGGUUUACCCUUGGAUUACCUUUCAUAUAUGGGGGUGCAAAAUUCCGACAAGCACGAUCCACGGAGGACCAAAUUCUUCUCCAAGAUUGAUACCCUGAUAAGCAAGCUGAAAAGUUUUGCUCCAGUCGAUGCGGCCGUGGAUCUCAAAGCCAGAGACUUCCUGCACGACUGCCUGCCUCCAAAGCUCACCGCAGAGGAACUUACCUGCAGUGUGCAUGGGGCACCUGCCAGGUGGGAGCAUGGGAGAGUCAUCGAUGCAGGUACACAUUUCACAAGCCAGACCCGGAUUCGACUCAUUCGUGCGGGGUGUGCCAGGUUGUGCAGCGAUGGCGAUGCUGUCCAUCUUUACUACACAACGGAAAACUGCAGAGUUUAUCACAAAGAGGAGAUGAAAAGUUUAGAAAUGAAACUCGAGCACACAGAUGCCGUAGAGUUUCUGAUCCAUUCUUAUCCCAAAUUUGUGAGUGUAGGACAUCUCCCAUGUGAUGCUUCACGGGACAAGAUUUCUUUGACAGAGCUGCUUUUUGAGAAGGGGAUUAUUCAGACUGCAAGACCUCAGUAGCGUUAAUUCAACCACUUAUAACUUCAAGGUCAUAUGUUAGUUUCACUCAACCUUCAAAUUGACCUGUAUACAAAAUAUUAACUGACCUCUUUUGUGCAGAUACCCAUACAGAACAAUUUACUGUUUCCUGUUUUAUAAAAAUCAAACCUUAUCUUUGGUGGUGAAGUACAUUUAUUGUUGGUUGAUACAACUCAAAGAUGUAUGAUGUGAGAAUAAUUAAAUAGUCUCAUCUGAGGGGCACCCAUUAUCCAUUCACACUACAGACACAGAAGACGCACACCAGGGUUGGUUGGGGAGUCUACUUCCAAGUGACCUCCUCGCCAGGCUUCAGCUCCCUGUCAAGAGGAGGAAUAAAUGAAUAUAUGAAUGAAUAUAUUCGAUACUAGCUCCACAACACCGUAACAUAUCAUCAGGAUGGACUCAUACUGUACCUGCUGUAUAAAGCGCUUUUGUUCCGGAAAGCUGUCAGCUUCUGGUCCUGUUGUUUGUCCAAGUACCAUCCGAUGACAAAACCCAUGGGCACCAAUAUGUUCACCCAGUGCUCACGGGCAAACGCUACAAAGUUGACCAUGAUUGCUGUAAUGAGAUAAACAAUUGUUAUGCCUCUUGAUCACGUGACUAGCAUGUUGCAAGCCAGGGGACAAGAAAUGUGCCCAUUUUAGCUAGUGCACACUGAGUGACGUUCCGUUAUCUUUUAAAAAUGACACCAACAAAAUUACACUAUCGUCCUCAUAACUUGUGCAAAUAGAAUGAACUCUAACACAAUUGCGAAGGUUUAAUAAGCACCGCCAAUUAUAUAGACCAUUAAAUCUGUUUAUUUACAACCAAUACUACAGCCACCGCACUAGCUAGUCGUCUAGCCUAGCUAGUUUAUAUUAGCAGUACGGGAUAUACUUUUUUUAG